UUACAAUUUCCGUAGAUGGCGUCUGUCUCUGAAAAAUUUUUGUUAGCAAAGUGUCGUUUUGGCGAAAGUGAACCUUAUAAUCAUCUUAAGUGCGCCUUUUGAAGUUCUGUCUAGAAUCUAGAAUUCAAAAUGCGCAGGGUUUUUUUCUUCUUUUGUCAUUCACUAGCUUCCAAAGCUAGCAGAGUUAGCUUAGCCUGCUAACUGGGCCUUUUGUGUGUAGAAACAGUUCGUGUCAUUGUGUGAAAAAUGUGUCAAGUCCGAAUUCUGAGAGCGUUACUGAAGCAGCGACUACUGCAGGUGAUGAAGAGAUAAUUUGAGCUGUUUUGAAAGAACGAUAGCAGAAUACGAAGAGGAACUUUGUCGUUUAAAGAGGAGAACGAACGACAAAGAAAACUACUGGAUGCUGUUUUUAGCUCUGACGACAAAACAGUCUGUCAUCAUUUAGGAGCACGACAAUUUCAGGAGUAUGAUGUUCCCACAGCUGAAAAAAUUUCUCAAUGGAAGGGAUGUUCCCUGCAGUGGAAAACUACACCAGAAACUGAUGCAUCGCAGCUGUUUGGUACAGGUAAACAGAGGUUCCACCGAAGCAACAAAAAUGGACCUUCUAAACUGGACCAAGAGGACCCAGAACUGCAUCAUAUUAAAAGGAAGAGGAGGAAAUGUGACCUGUGAGGAACAAACGCACCUGCAAAUGCUGGAGGUUAAUUCCUGCAUGUACACAAACACUGAUAUGAAACCUGAGUCCUCAGAUUAUCAUCAGCCCCAAAAUGAGGAGAACAGGGAGGGCUGAGCCUCUUGCCAGUAGGUAGGUGAACAGAUGAAAAUAAAAGAUGAUAAUGAGGACCGGGGAGGAUCAGAACCAGUUGCGAGGUUAGAUCAAGACAGUUACUUCACCCACAUAGUGAUGCUGUUUAUUUCACACUAUACCGUACUUGAAAGUGAUGUCAUUGAUAUUAAUUGUAAAGGAACCAAGGAACCUAAAUCAGAUUUAAGCUCCCUGAAAAAUGAAAUACUCCCUGUUUGUGAGAACAGAUGUAAUGCUGAUGUGAAAGAAUUUAGACCUGAGUGUGAUCUAAGGAUUGUUCACGAUGGUAACCUGAUUAGACAUGAUGGUAAUCAUACAGAAGAUAAACUGUUUUGCUUUUCUGAGCGUGGUGAAACAUUUAAUCAAAAUGGCAGUCUGAAAACUCAUAUCAUGGCUCAUCAGGGAAAGACAACGAGGUGUUCCGAAUGUGGAAAAGCAUUCAGUCAAAAGGGUAAUUUGACGAGACAUAUGACCAUCCAUACGGGAAAGACUUCAUUUAAGUGUCCUGAGUGUGGAAAAAUUUUAAUAGAAAAAGCUAAUAUGAAAACCCAUCUGAUGGUCAUACAGGAAAAAGACCCUUCAGCUGUCCUGAGUGUGGAAAAACAUUUAAGAAUAGUAUAGUAAUCUGAAAGCGCAUCUCCUAAUUCAUACAGGAGAAAGACCCUUUAAGUGUGCUGAGUGUGGAAAAACGUUUAUCCAAAUGGCAGUCUGAAAACACAUAUGCUAAUGCAUACAGGAGAAAGACCCUUUAGCUGUUCUGAGUGUGGAAAAAAACAUUUAAGCAUAACAGUAAUCUGAAAGCGCAUCUGUUAAUUCAUAGAGAUAAAAGAUGCUUUAGCUGUUCUGAGUGUGAAAAAACAUUUAAAAGUAACAACAGUCUGAAAACCCACAUGCAAAUUCAUACAGGAGAAAGACCCUUUAGCUGUUCUGAGUGUGGAAAAACAUUUAAUAAAAACAGCAAUCUGAAGACCCAUAUGCUGAUUCAUACAGGAGAAAGACCCUUUAGCUGUUCUGAGUGUGGAAAAACAUUUAACAAAAAUAGCAAUAUGAAAAUCCACAUGCUGAUUCAUACAGGAGAGAAACCCUAUAGCUGUUCUGAGUGUGGAAAAACAUUUAACAAUCAUGGCAGUCUGAAAGCCCAUUUGCUAAUUCAUACAGGAGAAAGACCAUUUCAGUGUUCUGUGUGUGAAAAAACAUUUAAAAAGAACAGUCUUUUGAAAUUCCACAUGGUAAUUCAUACAGGAAAAAGACCGUUUAGCUGUUCUGAGUGUGGAAAAACAUUCAACAAAAGCAGCAUUUUGAGAACACACAUGAUAAUUCAUAAAGGAAACAAACCAUUUAAUUGUUCUGAAUGUGAGAAAUCAUUUUGCUUGAAGGGUAAUUUGAAGAGGCAUAUGAUCACUCAUACUGGAGUGAAACCAUUUCAGUGUUCUGAUUGUGGGAAAACAUUUAUCCAAAAGCGCCAUUUGAGGAAUCAUAUGACAGUCCAUGCAAGGGCUAGAACAAAAUUAUUUAGUAAUCAGUAAAUCCAAAGAUUAUCACAUUAACUCAUCACGUAAUUGGAUGAUAAAUGCUGUGAAUAAUCAAGUAAUUUUAUUUAUUCUGUUUUCUGCAUGUGUGGUAUUAGGUAGCAGAAUUACAGUCAGAGCAAAUUUUUCAUGGUAAGCUAAAAUAUGGCCAGUUUUUGGUGUGAUUUUCCAUUACCUGUUGGACCAGUUAAAUACGGUAUAAAGAUGAGAAAAUGAAAAAGGUUGUUUGAAAUACCUUUCCUGAAUGAUCUUUACUGAAUUACACAUAAAAAGUUGGAAUUUCUUUUCUUUAGGUAUGUCAGUGUUUCCCUUAGAAUUUUUUCAGGCCCAGUGGUACUCAAAAAUUGCAAUGCGCAUAGUGUGGAAAAAUGUGAAGUGCUUCAUGACGAAGUGGUGUAAAGCACGAUUUUGUUUCACCAAAAUAUCAAAUCUAGGCUUGCAUCUCAGCUGUAGAUAACUGGUGAUACAAAUUGCAAAAAAAAAAAGAAAAAAAAAAAAAAACGUGCUGCGCACAAUUUCUCCAUUCGCAGCCACAAAAGCCUGUAACUUCUGGGGUGUCUUGGUGGCGUUCCUCACUCUUCAACUUCUUGCACAGUCACUCAGUUUUUGAGAACUGUCUGCUCCACACAGAUUUACCUUGGAGUGCCAUACUGUUUGUAUUUCUUCAUAAGUGAUGUAAAUAAAGUCCAAGACAUUUUCAGUGACAUGAAAAUGUUGUAUGUAUUCAUCCCGACUUGUCCAAAGAAAACUGGUAAUAAAAGUGAAUAUUUACAGGUAUUAUGCAACCCUAUUAUCUUGGCUUUUAUAUUUUUAAUAA